AUGCGGCUAACUGACCAGCGCGGAAGCGUGCCGUGUAUUUUACAAGCGUUGUCUACCUCCGUUCCCGCGGGGCGGCCCUCAUUCCAGCAGGUGGCGUUGGUGGUGACUCUCUGUGUCUUGCUGGGAGUUCUCAUGUGGGUAGGGGGCGGCGGGCUAGACAUUCAGCCUAGCUCUUCCUCAGACGAAGCCCAGCAUGGCAUGACUCCGAACGCCUCCGGCCGCGAGGGGGGGCUGAAGCCUAAGUCGGCCGACAGACAGGCAGACGCUUUCGAGGGGGAGUUAGACGUCGUUCUGAAAAAGUCUGCAGCUUCGAGGGGGCUCAACGACUCCGAGAUCGAAGAGGCGAGGGUGGCGGCAACGGACGCCGUCAGAGAGGCGUUACGGAAACCCGGGGAUCUCCCUCCGCGUUCCAUCGAUGGAAUCUUGUCGGCAUCCUGCGACCUCCAGGUGGAAGGCUUGCCCCUUUACCACGACAAGGGGCAAACGUGCUGCAAGGCGGCCCAGAAACCACCGGCACAGCAGCAGGCUCAUUCCAAAGACAACGGGCCGCAAGGGAGGCGUGGGCUGGAGGCGGCGGAGGGGGAGGGAGGUGAACCCCUGCCUGGGGUGCUGAGAACGACGCAGAGAGCGGAGGCGGCCGGGGAGAACGAGGUGGCGUGCUUGCCGAGCUUCAUUAUCGCGGGAACGCAGAAAAGCGGCACUACGGCGCUCACGGGCAUACUGGAGAAACACCCGCUGGUGAUGAUGGCGGAACGGAAGGAACUCCAUUUCUUCGACCACAAAACUCCUAACCAGAUCAACGCGGCGUCAUACGCGUUCAACUUUCCAAGUUUUAAUGCCUCCCAGGCAAUGGAACACCGAGCGCCGUUCGUGGUGGGCGAGGCGACGCCGUUCUACCUUGCCAGCCGAAAGGCCUGCAUGAACAUGAGAAAACUGGUUCCGGACGUCCGGUUGUUGGUUCUCGUGAGGGAUCCUGUUAAGCGGGCCUACAGCGAGCACCAGAUGAAGGUGCGGCGGGUGGAAGAGCAAGGGGAGAUGUUGGAGCUCCUGCCCCUCCACGCGAACAAGAUCUACGACUGCGCCGUGAAGCUCUUCCCCUCCUUGGACGGGGAAGACAUCUCCGAAAGCGAGAGGUCGCUGUUGAGCCAGCCCCAGGGUUUGAGCCCCGCCAUGGGCGAGUGCACGGGAGAGAUCGGGCAGCAUGGGAAGUGGAUGGACGUCAUGAUCCCCUUCAUCCGCAAGGUGAGGGGCAAGCUGCCCAACAGAGUGAGAUCGAGUGACAAGCCUGUGGACACCAAGUACGCUUUGGAGGUGUUUCGCGAGGACAUGAGCCGGUGUUUCCCGCUGAAGACGGUGGUCGACAAGCUGCAGACGCUUUACCCGGGCGGUACUUGGAGGCGGGGGUGGGCCCGAACCCCCGCUACUAAUUGGGGCGACAAGGGUGAUGCCGCGGAGAGAUUCACGAAGCCCUUGCCUCCCAAGUUCGGCGGCGCCCCGGGCAAGCCGCGACGGGUCCCCGGGAAGCUAGACUUGAGGUGGGGGGGUGAAAGCUGGGUAGCAGCGGAGGACGGCUUGGUCGGGGACCACGCCGAGGAGCGAAGACGGGCUGGAGAUUACGAGUACGGAGCGGAAGCGCUGACAGAAGAGGAGGGGGGGGUAGGGGCGUAUCUUGAGGAGCGAGGGGGGUGGGGCAGCGAUGCGGCGGCGGUGGAGCACUGGGGGAGACGGUUGUCGCCCAAGAAAGGGGUAUUGCCCGACGUGCCGUGGCCCGAAGUUUGGGGUUCCUGGGGGGAGGCCGGCGAGAGGACCUUCGAUGAGACCUGCUACCAGCGCAUGGAGAGGGUUGCGGCUGUCGAGAGCGUGAUGAAGACGGAGAUAAGGAAGCUCAAGCACUGCUUCAACAAUGCGUUGAGCGAUCUCGGGGGGCUAAGCGGCCUCGAUGAGGCAGACCCAGCUGCGGCGGCGGAGGCGUUAGACAGUGAAUUAUCCAAGUGCUUCAACGUGACGCCGGGCAUUUCGGAUCAGUACAUCUACAGGAGUUUGUACGGGAUCCAGGCGUACCACUGUUUGAAGUACAUACCGCGAAAUCAGGUGAUGUUCAUCGAGAGCGAUGAUCUUCGAGACAAGCCCGAGGAGGUUCUGCCGAGGGUGCACGAGCACAUCGGAGUCCCGGACUUCCAGUACCCCUCCCUGGGGCAAGAUGCCAUCAUGGCGGAGCUUGAGAAGAAGUACCCCGACUUCGAGAAGCGAACAGGCUGGAGGCUUGACAGCGCGUACAAGGAGGAGAUCCCGGAAGCCCUGGCCACGGAGAUCCGAAAUUUUGUUGCGUCGGAUAUGAAGAUGUUUGCGCGGCUGACGGGGCAAAGCUUCGGGGACUGGGCCAUAGACGACAGAAAUAAAGAGGAGGCGAUGGUGGGCGGGAACGCCCGGCCGGACGAGUUGUUUGAAGAAGAGUUCGUCAAGGAGGCGAGCCGUAUGGCCGAGGCCAAGAAAGCUUCCGGUAGGGGCACCAGCGGUAGUGGCACCAGGGGCGACAACGCGCGAAAAAUGGCGGCGGCAGCAGCCGACCCUUCGCCACCAAAUAGCGAACCAAGGUCCGACACCGAGGGAGACGCGAGGGCCGCUGAUGGUCCCCAAUGAAACCCGCUUUCUGGCGAAGGUUUGAAGUCGCCGACGUAGGAUUUCGACCAUGAAGUUUAGCGGACUGCUUUGGUGUCUUGUGAUGCUGCGCCGAUUCUUGCUCGUGAUGCUGCCCCGAUUCGCGGCGUCGCUUGUGGAAGGCGACCGGGAGAAAGUGAGCGAACCGGUUCGUCUCGUACCGUAGGAGGUCAAAGAGGGCCUACGGAUUUAUUUUUGGGGAAGCACGACGCCAAGCUGCAUUGAGGACCAAAUGGGGGGGGGGGGCGUCUGUUGUAUAGGAUUUGGUGUGGUUUUACAUGUAAAGCCCACACAAUUGUUAUUGCAUACCUGGAAGGAUUUAGUGUGGUUUUAAGACUGAUACUAAGGCCAAUACAGUAUUAAACACGUUAUUGCUGUAACCGCGUUACAUCCUAUACAAUGGGCCUCUUGACCAAACUGGACUGAAAGCGCGAAACAAAUUAGCGGGGGGGGGGGGUAGCGGUCGCGGUGCCUCCAAUAUGUUGUUUCUCUCACAUUAGCUCUAUAGUCCACAAAAAUGGGGAGCCCGUGGACGCAAAACCCGCCAAUAUGUAAAUCCGUCGGUCCUCUUUCUUUACGAGGGCACCGGGGUUCCAUCCACUCCCAACGCCUUCGUGAAUUGGCCGCAAAAUACGGGUGUUACUUUUGCCAUGUAUUGUAUGCUGAGUGUCGGACGCGUUAAGCGUUCAGUUGUGCUGUUGUUGUUGCUGUUGCUGUUGCUGUUGCUGUUGCUGUUGUGCUGUUGAGCGGCACUUUUUUGAUGCUCAAACACCUGUCGACUGUCGACCACCGUAAGAGUCGGAGAGAUGGCACCCCCGUGUUAAGCGUUUUUGUACAGCGUAUUUCUCCACAACCAGGGAGGUAUCACCUCCGAAAAGGGUGGUUUUGGAAACAUGUCGUCGAGGGCUUUCCGGAGAGGUAUUCGUUGGUGUUCACACCCUCCUGGUUGUGGAGAAAUACGCUAUACAAAAACGCUAACACGGGGGUGCGAUCACACGCACAAUAAUUUAACGGUAUUAUCGGCGGCGGUGCUGAAACAUGGUGGUACCGUUUCUAGCAAACAAUGAAUCCUCGUGCAGUUGUUGUCCUCUAUUCUGCAGGCUUAGUUUUCGCUGUAGUUUGCAUGAGAGUCUGUCUACCAUUGUCUGCCCGGUGGCUACGUAGCAUUGCAAAGUUCCGGCUCCUCAGAAAGAAAUAUUAUACUAUUAAGUACGUCUUUCAGGCUUAUGUUGUGCCUCUUCGGGCUGCAUCCCGUCCUGUUUCAAGCCAGCUCGCAAUGGUGUGUUGUUUGUUGCUCCGUCCGGUGGAUUUCGAUGUGAGGAAGUGACAUAACUUUGGUGGUCCUUGGCGAGAUGCUUUAUUAUUUUUGUAGUGUUCUACUGUAGGCCUUCAGGGACGGGCUUUCUUCCAUUGGUCUUGCACUGUUCUCCGAAAUCUAUCAGCGUUUUGCCCUGUAUGUAUGCGCGUUUGAGGUCGGGGUCGUUUUAGAACUACUUCUAUUGCUGUAAAUAGGAGUUGCCAGGGUCUUGACCAGGGGUCCGGUAUAAGGGGCUAUCUAAAGUACGGAAAAAGAAAGCAACAGUGGUAGAUACAUGUGUGGCACGUUGUGGGCGGAAUAAUUUGCUGGCUUCCAGCAGUGUCACAAACAGCCAGCAGCGUGUUCAUGCUACAUUUUUUUAUCCCCUUUUUUUGCAGCGUAGACGUUUCUGAAGUGUCAUUUAACACAUGGGGAAAAAGGACUGCGCGGUACGACCAGUACAUAUUCAACCAAAGCUUGGGGGAUAUGAAAUCAGAGAAGCAAAGCGACCCAUUGCUAUCAUUCACGGUCCGCUGAGCAAGGAGAGGGGCGAAGUGUUGACUCGGGGUG